UUCGUACGAACUACUACAUUUUUUUUACCAAAUUUUGAGUUUAUAUAUUGCUUUGAAAUGUUUGUGGAAAUUCAGUUUGUGGGCGAGCCCAACUCGAAGCCGAAAAUUUGUUUUAUCAAAGAUAAUGCAACGGUUCAGGAUUUAAACAAGAUCUUGGGAAGAAUGGUUGGCGUUCCAAUGUCAAAACUAAGAAUAAGAACGACAACCAAAAGAUGUUUGGCAAGCCGUGACUGUCUUUGUAAAUUCUUGCGAAAACCCCACACAGGUGAAAAAGUUUUUAAAAAUCCAGGCUGUGCAUUUACUGUGACUGGAGCGGAUACCUUGAUGUCCCUUUACUUUUAUUCCCAUAAGUUUACCAUAAAUGGUUGUCCAUCGGCGGAGGCCUUGCUCAUACCGGUCGAAACGGAAUCCUUUAGCUCUUUUUCUAAUAUCGACAUUAAAGAGUCCAUAGCUACCACUCGCCUGGAUAUUUCAAGCGAUAUGCCAAUGAGAGGGACUGUCCAGAUGCCCUUGAUUUUUGGAUCUCAAAUUCAGAAAUUAGCUCCAGCUAGCUCCAGUAGCCAUCUAGCUUGUUCCAAGGAGGAAGAUGAAGACGAGAAUGAAAGCGGCGAGGACGAAGACACCAUGGAAGAUAUGGAAGAUGAUGAUAAUGAAUCCAAGGAGAAGUGCGUCGUCAGGGCGCGGGACUGCUGUAACCCUCAAAGAUGCAGGGAACCGGACUUAAGACCACCCUAUGCUAGGACAAUGCCAGAACAUCGAAAAUAUGGAUUGGUCAUUACUAAUAAAGAGUGUGGCGCAGAAGCCGAUCUGGAUGCAAUUAUGGAACAUAUUUUCGAGGUGUGUGAGACUAACCCUGUACAGGAUUUCAACUUUUCCGAGUGUACGCCAAUGGCAAGAUUUGAAAAUAAUGUUCUGGUGGUCACCAAAGAUGUCUCAACGGCCAACUGGCUAAGAUGCAUCGUUAAAGACGUCUGCCCGCCGCACAUUUGCUAUACGUUUAUCGAUUUUUUUCAUCUCAAGGCUGCGACUUUCGUGGCUCCUGUCAUAGAGUGUAAUAAGUCACUGUGCUUAAUCUUUCAACUCAUGGAAAAGCAGAAUGAGGGUCUUUCUACAAGCAAGUGGACCGUUACCAAACGUACAAUUUUGGAUCCCUGCAGCCCGGGAUACAAGGAGAAGGAACUCUCAGAAUGUUGCGGAGCAGAAGAAAUCGAGGUGUACAUCGAUGAGGAAAGCCGAGAUUUAAUAGCCUGUCAGUGUUUCAAGUUACGAUAUUCUGCUUGGUGUUUGAAAUUUGAUUUCAAAUAGCAAACUUGUACUUUCACUUUGAUUAGCUGUUUCUUGGAACUAAAUAUAAUUUUUCGAA